AUGUCCAUCUUCCUAAUCGUGCUCAUCGCAAUUGUCACAGCGCUCGUGCUCGGCUCGUUCUACGUGUGGUACCUCGUCCGGCACUCCCGGAAUUCGACGAGAAAACGAAAAAUGGUCCGAACGCUAGCCGUGAUGGGCUCCGGCGGCCACACAACCGAAAUGUGCUGCGUGCUCGAGAACCUCUCCUCCGCCUACAAGGAGUUUUCCUUCGUCAUCGCAGAUACCGAUCAGAUUAGCCAGGGAAAAGUGGAAGAGCUGGCGAAAUUCAAGGAGAACUCGAGGAUCGAAUGGAUUCCGCGAAGUCGAGAAGUUGGCCAAAGUUACAUCACGUCGGUUUUCACGACGUUGCGGGCCUUUUACUAUUCGCUGGCGGUCGUGUGGAGGUUUAGCCCCGACCUCGUCCUGACCAACGGCCCCGGCACAUGCAUACCAAUCUGCCUGGCCGCCGCACUUUUCGACAUCUUCCGCCUUCGCGACACAACGAUCGUGUUCGUCGAAUCGAUCUGUCGCGUCCAAUCCCUAUCACUAACCGGCGCCAUCCUCUACUUUUCCGGCCUCGCCGAUGAUGAGGUCCGCUACGAGUUCCGGCAGGUGAAGAAGGAGGACGACAACCUCGAGAAACUCCACCGAGAUCUCGAGAAGAAGGGUAUCCAGUUCAAGCCGAAAUCCGUGGAGGAGAUUUACAAGGAGGUUGCCGCUGAAGACACCGACAACUGGGCCAACAUCCGCGGUCCGCACGAGAACGAGGACAACAGCGAGUACUUCAAGAUCCACUCAUCCCUUUCCGGCCAGCCACCCUCGCACGCAGCCAGCUUCGCCAGGGCCGCGCAUCCGCUCGACCCACAAGCACAGGUAGCUGACCAGCAAGCGUUGGCCGGUCUCGUGGAGCUCGGAUUCGACGAGUGGACCGCUAAUUUGGCCCUUUUGCGUACCGGAAACGCGGGAAUUGAGGCGGCUGUCACCUGGAUUGUUGAGAGGAGCAACGACAGCGACUUCGACUCGGGCAGCUCGGACGACGAAGACGAGGCUGAAGAAGGCUGCGAACAACCCUCAGACAUGGGAGCCUCUCAAUCAACCGGCGAAGGCGCCGGCCCAAGCAACGCCGUGGGUUUUGACGUGAUCAAAGCGUUGGCAAAAAAUGCCCGCACCCACAAGAUGGUCUUUGUCGCCAAUAUGAGCCUGAAGAUGGGCGCCGGGAAAUUGGCCGCUCAGGUCGGCCAUGCGUGCUUGGCCGUCUACCAGAAGGCCGUCUCUACCGAGGAGGGCCGUGCGGGCAUCCAGAGCUGGGAACGGAUGGGAGCUGUAAAAGUGGUGCUGAAGGGCGAGAGCACGGAGCAGCUCAUGGAACUGUUGAAGCAGGCGAAGGAAGUGGGUUGCUCGGCAUACCUUGUCGCUGACGCCGGCUACACGCAGAUUCCGGCUGGUUCGCGUACGGUGCUCGGAGUGUUCGGCCCGAAGGAAGCCGUCGAUUCGGUGUGCGGCCAGCUGAAACUUCUC